GCGGCUCGGCCGCGCAUGGACGCGCGCUCCCGCCUGCACCUAUGCUGCUUGGAGAUGACAACCAAAAGGAAGAUCAUCGGCCGCCUGGUGCCGUGCCGGUGUUUCCGAGGGGAGGAAGAGAUUGUGUCCGUGUUGGAUUACUCUCACUGUGGCCUGCAGCAGGUGCCAAAGGAGGUUUUCAAUUUUGAGAGGACCUUGGAGGAGCUUUAUCUCGAUGCCAACCAGAUUGAAGAGCUACCCAAGCAACUGUUCAACUGUCAGGCUUUACGGAAGCUGAGCAUCCCUGACAACGACCUGUCCAGCCUCCCCACCACCAUCGCCAGCCUCGUGAACCUCAGAGAGCUUGACAUCAGUAAAAAUGGAAUUCAAGAUUUUCCAGAAAAUAUCAAGUGUUGUAAAUGUUUAACAAUUAUCGAAGCCAGUGUGAACCCUGUGUCCAAGCUGCCAGAUGGCUUCACACAACUUCUAAAUCUGACCCAGCUCUAUCUAAAUGAUGCCUUUUUGGAGUUUCUUCCAGCUAACUUUGGAAGACUUGUCAAAUUGCGAAUUUUGGAGUUAAGAGAAAACCACUUGAAAACUCUACCAAAGUCAAUGCACAAACUGACUCAGCUGGAGAGACUUGAUCUGGGCAAUAAUGAAUUCUCUGAGCUGCCUGAGGUUCUUGAACAAAUUCAGAAUCUAAAGGAACUGUGGAUGGACAAUAAUUCUUUGCAAGUGCUACCUGGGUCUAUAGGGAAGUUAAAACAGCUCGUGUACCUGGAUGUGUCCAAAAACAGGAUAGAAACGGUGGAUUUGGACAUCUCGGGAUGUGAAGGGCUUGAGGAUCUCCUGUUGUCAUCCAACAUGUUGCAGCAGCUGCCAGAUUCCAUCGGGCUGUUGAAGAGACUGACAACUCUGAAAGUAGAUGACAACCAGCUCACAAUUCUGCCCAAUGCCAUUGGAAAUUUAUCUUUGUUAGAAGAAUUUGACUGCAGCUGCAAUGAGUUGGAGUCUCUGCCCUCCACCAUCGGGUACCUCCACAACCUGAGGACCUUGGCUGUGGAUGAGAAUUUCCUCCCGGAGCUGCCCAGAGAAAUUGGAAGCUGUAAAAAUGUUACAGUGAUGUCUCUGCGCUCCAACAAGCUGGAAUUUCUUCCCGAUGAAAUUGGGCAGAUGCAGAAGCUGAGAGUGUUAAACCUGAGUGAUAACAGACUGAAGAAUUUACCCUUCACUUUUACUAAACUCAAAGAACUUGCAGCUUUGUGGCUUUCUGACAACCAGUCCAAGGCUCUCAUCCCACUGCAGACGGAGGCACAUCCUGAAACCAAGCAGCGAGUGCUCACCAACUACAUGUUCCCCCAGCAGCCCCGCAGUGAUGAAGAUUUCCAGUCGGACAGUGACAGUUUUAACCCCACGCUGUGGGAGGAGCAGAGGCAGCAGCGCAUGACUGUGGCCUUUGAGUUUGAAGACAAAAAGGAAGAGGAGGAAAACCCAGGGAAAGUUAAAGUUGAAAUAAAUCUAAAACGUUACCCCACUCCCUACCCGGAGGAUUUAAAGAAUAUGGUCAAAUCAGUCCAAAACCUGGUGGGCAAACCCAGCCAUGGAGUGCGGCCCGAGAACUCUGUACCCGCUGCCAACAGUGACCAAGGGGUGAAAGACACGUAUGAGCACAAAUGGCCCAUGGCACCCAAGGAGAUCUCAGUGGAGGUUCAAGAUAAAGAAAAUAAAGAAUUCCCAAAGAAUCCCCUGUCUGAGACAGAGAACACUCAGGAAUCACCUCUGGAAACCUCAGACAGGGAGGAGAAAACCGAGGGCACCAAGAGUUCAGAGGAUGCCUAUGGACAUCCUGCCAGUGAGAUGAGGAUAGGGGAGCUCCGUCCUUCCAUGCCUGAGACUCCGUUGUACCCCCCCAAACUCGUUCUGCUGGGUAAAGACAAGAAAGAGUCGACAGAUGAGUCUGAAGCAGAUAAGAUCCAUUGUCUGAAUAACAGCGUUUCCUCAGGCACUUACUCAGACUAUUCCCCUUCCCAGGCUUCCUCAGGGUCCUCCAAUGCGCAUGUUAAAAUGGGCUCCUUGCAGACAACGGCUAAAGAAGCAGUGAAUAACUCUCUGUGGGGGAACAGGCUGGCACAGUCGUUCCCACAGCCCCUGGAGACCAAGCCAUUGCUGAGCCAGCGGGAAUCAGCUCCAGCUGGGAACCUGCCGGCGCGGCCGGAACGGCGCCCGCUGAGCGACACGUUCGCCGAGGGCUGGACUGAUGGGUCCCACUACGACAACACGGGGUUCGUGGCCGAGGAGAGCACGGUGGAGAACCCCAACGCCAACCCCCUGCUCACCACCAAAUCGAGGAGCUCAUCUGCACACGGGCGCAGGCCGCUGAUCCGACAGGACAGGAUAGUUGGCAUCCCCUUGGAGCUGGAGCAGCCGACGCUCAGAAACACACACGAAUCUGAAGUGCCUCCUCCCAAUCCUUGGCAAAAUUGGACCAGAACCCCCAGUCCCUUUGAAGACAGGACAGCUUUUCCUUCCAAACUGGAAAGCACCCCCACCACCAGCCCUUUGCCUGAGAGGAAAGAUCAUGUCAAAGAGUCUCCUGAAAUGACAAGUACUUUCCCUCCAGGAAUAGCAUGGGAAUAUCACGACUCAAACGCUAACAGAAGCCUCACAAAUGUCUUUUCCCAUAUCCACUGUCGCCCAGAUCCUUCCAAAAACGUCAUUUCCAUCAGCAAGAGCACGGAGCGGCUUUCCCCAAUGAUGAGGGAUUUAAAAACGAACAAGUUUAAGAAGUCUCAGAGUAUUGAUGAGAUAGAUAUUGGUACAUACAAGGUGUACAACAUCCCCCUAGAAAACUAUGCAUCCGGGAAUGAUACUGUAGGGCCUCACGAGAGGGUGGACAAGCUGCUGGGCCCAGAGCACGGCAUGCUGAGCAUGUCCCGCAGCCAGUCCGUGCCCAUGCUGGACGACGAGCUGCUGACCUACGGCAGUGUCAAGGUGCAGCCGCAGCAGAAAUCGUCCGUCACCAAGAAAGUCUACCAGUUCGACCAAAGCUUCAACCCCCAGGGUGCCGUGGAGGUCACGGCCGACAAGAGGCUCCUGCCGCCCUUCCAACUCAACCCCGAGUACAUCCCCCAACCACCCAAAAACCUGCCCCAGGAGCUGGUGAGCCCGCGGGGGUACCACGGGUAUGCGCCCGUGGAUCCCAUGUUCUCCUUCUCACAGCCCUCGGUGAGCGAGGAGCCCGUGGGGCCCCCCUUCGGCAGCCAGGGCGCACGGCCGGGCUUCCUGCGCAGAGCGGAUUCCCUGGCCAGCUCCACCGAGAUGUCCAUGUUCCGCAGGGUCAGUGAGCCCCAGGAGCUGCCCCCGGGCGACAGGUACGGCCGGGCCCCGUUCCGCGCGGCAGCCGAUCGCCAGAGCGGCAUGGCCGUGCCCGAGGCACAGUUCCUCAAGCGCAACGGGCGCUACGAAGACGAGCUCCCUUCCUACCAGGAGGUGAAAGCCCAGACUGGGAGCUUCCCAGUUAAAAACCUCACGCAAAGGAGGCCCUUGUCUGCACGAAGUUACAGUACAGAGAGCUACGGCACAUCCCAAACCCGGCCCGUCUCAGCGAGGCCGACAAUGGCAGCGCUGCUGGAAAAGAUUCCAUCAGACUAUAACUUGGGUAACUAUGGCGACAAGCCUUCCGAUAACAGUGAUAUAAAGCCAAGGCCUCCCCCUGGGAAGGGAAAUGAGAGCUGUGCUAAAAUGCCUGCUGACUGGAGACAACAGCUACUUAGACAUAUAGAAGCUAGAAGGUUAGACAGGACCGCUGCUUACAAACACCACACAGUUAGCCUUGGCAUGCUGCACUCUGGAGGGGUUUCAGCAAUGCAUGCCGGCCGAAGCAUGACUUUAAACUUGCAGACUAAAUCUAAAUUUGAAAACCAAAUGCUUCAAGAGCUACCUCUACCGAAAACCCCGUCGCAGCAGAGCAGCAUCCUGGACAACGGGCAGGACGAGGUGUCCGUGGGCAGCCAGUGGAACCCGUACCCGCUGGGGCGGCGGGAUGUUCCCCCCGACACCGUCACCAAGAAGGCAGGUAGCCACAUCCAGACCCUCAUGGGAUCCCAGAGCCUGCAGCACCGGAGCCGGGAGCAGCCCUACGAGGGGAGCAUGAACAAGGUCACCAUCCAGCAGUACCAGCCGCCGCUGCCCAUCCAGAUCCCAGCGGCCCAGAGCUCCCGAGCCCCCCAGACCGGGCGGUGCCUCAUCCAGACCAAGGGCCAGCGGAGCACCGAUGCCUACCAGGAGCAGUUUUGUGUGAGGAUAGAGAAGAAUCCUGGCCUGGGGUUUAGUAUCAGUGGUGGAAUAAGUGGACAAGGAAAUCCAUUCAAACCUUCUGAUAAGGGUAUCUUUGUUACUAGGGUUCAGCCUGACGGCCCCGCAUCCAGCCUGCUCCAGCCCGGGGACAAGAUCCUGCAGGCCAAUGGACACAGCUUUGUACAUAUGGAACACGAGAAGGCUGUGCUUCUACUGAAGAGUUUCCAGAACACAGUAGACCUUGUUAUUCAACGUGAGCUUACUGUCUAAAUAUUUUUUUAUAAAUAGUAAAUAUGUCUAGCCAGAUCUAAUGUUCAAACAGAUUUAUACAUAGGAAACCAAUUUUUUGCCAAUUGCUGGACCAAUGGCAAACAGUAGUGCCAAAUGUAUAAUACUCUAUGUUAGUACCAAUCAUCGGGAAAAAAUAUAUUAACUAUAUAAAUAUAUUGUUCAUGUGGCUCCGUAUUAGUUUUACUUGUCAGCCUCUGGCUGUGCAUUGGUGCGUUUUUUUAAUCAAGUUACUUCUUAAAGUCGAUUUCAUAUGAUUUCAGAACACAGAAGCACAUACAAAUCCUUUAGGAAUUCUGCUGUCCAUCAGAAACACUGCCUCAGAGUUGUAUAUGCCUUUAUAAAGAUGAACUAUAUUAACCUGUACUUCCCAUGAAAUAUUUCUAUCAUGUCGCAUACAAAAGUAUAGAGAAAAAAAUAUUUUCAUAAACACCUCAAAGAAAGUAUAUAUUAAAUUAAAUUUAAUAAUGUUCAUUUAUUUUCAAUGCAAAGAUAUUCUAUGCCUUAUGAAAAUACCUGUACAUAUGCCGUGUGUAUAGUUGGCUCCGUAGGGAUCAGGAACAAUUCAUAUACAGGGUGAGAGACUUCUGAAAUUGGAACUCUGGGACCUCGGUACAAAAACCCACAUGGAAAUGGGAGAACUUCCUUUGGA